AUGGACGAGGAUUUAUAUGAUGAAUUUGGCAAUUACAUAGGGCCUGAAAACGAAGACGAGGAACUGGAUGAAAUACCUCAAGUUCCCAGUCCUUCGAUUGCUCAAGUGCCUAGCUUUGAAGCUGAAAUGGAAGAAGAGGACUUGGAAGAUGUUGAGCGCGUUGAAAAGAUGGCGCUUAAUCUCGCUGAACCUCAAAAUGCCGUCGUACUGCAUGAGGACAAGCAGUAUUAUCCUAGUGCUGAAGAAGUUUAUGGCCCUGAGGUUGAUGUUGUCGUGCAAGAACAAGAUACUCAACCACUCACACAACCCGUUAUUGACCCAAUUCGUCAGAAACGGGUUGCUAUCGAAACGAGCAAUGUGCCGGAAACGGUCUAUAAAAAAGAGUUUUUAUACGAUCUUUUAAGCCAGACUGAUGAUGUGCGGACCUUUAUCAUUGCUGGUCAUCUUCAUCAUGGCAAAACCGCAUUAUUAGACUUACUCGUAUAUUACACGCACCCUGGCACCAAAUCACCUAAGCGAAGGUCUCUUCGCUACACCGAUACACACUACCUUGAACGUCAAAGGGUUAUGUCUAUUAAGAGUACCCCAUUGACUCUAGCGGUGCAAAAUAUACAAGGAAAGUCCUAUGCGUUCCAGUGCCUAGAUACCCCAGGUCAUGUUGACUUUGUCGAUGAGAUAGCUUCUCCAAUGGCAGUUGCUGAUGGCGUCGUUAUUGUCGUUGAUGUUAUCGAAGGGGUUAUGAUUAAUACCACAAGAGCUAUACGACAUGCUAUCAUUCACGAUAUGCCAGUUGUAUUAGUUUUAAAUAAAGUGGAUAGACUUGUUUUAGAACUUCGUCUUCCUCCCAAUGAUGCAUAUCACAAGUUACGACAUGUUAUAGAUGAAGUUAAUGACAGCAUUUGUCAAGUUAGCAUGGAUUCCAAACACCGAGUUUCUCCCGAACUCGGUAAUGUCUGUUUCGCCUCGUUUGAUUUGGGAUAUUGCUUUACUCUUGCCAGUUUCGCUAAACUGUACAUGGACAAAAAUGGAAAAAUAGAUCUUGAUGAUUUUUCAAAACGGUUGUGGGGCGAUAUUUAUUAUGAUAAAGAAACCAGAAAAUUCACUAAACUUUCGACUGGCAUUAGGAGCUUUGUGUACUUUAUUUUAGAGCCUUUGUAUAAACUUCACACACUUAGUAUAUCCGAUGAACAGGAGAAAUUAAAACGGCAAUUACGUUCUUUGAAUAUUUUUUUGAAACCAAAAGACUUUUUACUUGAACCUAAACCAUUUUUGCAACUUGUUUGCGCUUCGUUUUUUGGGUUUCCGACUGGUUUGGUUGAAUCUAUUGUGCGAAAUAUCCCUUGCCCUCGAGAAAAUGCUAACCGUAAAGCAAAUCAAUAUUACACAGGCCCUUUAAAUUCAUCGAUUGGUAAUUCUUUAACGACUAUGAAUCGUGAAGAAUCAACCAUGAUUGCUCAUGUCACGAAGCUGUAUAAUACUGUUGAUGCAAGCAAUUUUUAUGCUCUCGCGCGUAUUUAUACAGGAAAAGUUAGAAAAGGACAAAAAGUUCAGGUUUUGGGAGAAAAUUAUUCCAUUGAAGACGAAGAGGAUAUGGCGAAAGCGUAUAUUGAAGAAAUCUGUUUGCCCGGUGGAAGAUAUCGCGUGCCCAUCGAAGAAGCAACUGCUGGGAUGCUUGUCCUUUUGGCAGGAGUAGAUAAUUCCAUUAGCAAAACGGCUACAAUUGUAUCGGAAGGAGUUCAAGAUGAUUUAUACAUAUUUAGACCGAUUGCACACAUGUCAGAAAGUGUUUUUAAAGUUGCAGUGGAACCUUAUAAUCCGUCCGAAUUACCAAAAAUGCUUGAUGGACUUAGAAAAAUCAAUAAGAGCUACCCUCUUGCAAUUACAAAGGUAGAAGAAUCUGGUGAACAUACCAUAUUUGGAACUGCUGAACUGUAUAUGGAUUGCCUUUUGUACGAUUUACGGGUUUUGUAUUCUGAAAUAGAAAUUCGUGUUUCCGAUCCAGUUGCUCGUUUCUGUGAGACGGUAGUUGAUGUUUCGAGCUUGAAAUGCUUUGCUGAGACUCCAAAUAGAAAAAAUAGGUUAUCAAUGAUUGUUGAACCUUUAGAAAAAGGAAUCGCAUUCGAUAUCGAGAACGGUCAUGUGAAAAUAAACUGGCCUCAAAAACGUAUUAGCGAAUAUUUCCAACGUGAACAUGAUUGGGAUCUCUUAGCAUCUCGAUCUGUAUGGGCUUUCGGACCUGAUGAUCGGGGUACUAACAUAUUGCGCGACGAUACCCUGGAAAUGGAUGUCAACAAAAAGACACUGGGUCAGGUGAAAGAAUUCAUCAAACAAGGAUUUCAAUGGGGAACGAGAGAAGGACCUUUGUGCGAUGAAACUAUCCGUAAUGCGAACUUUCGAAUUAUGGAUGCCGUUUUAGCUCAGGAACCAAUUUAUCGAGGUGGAGGUCAAAUCAUUCCUGUGGCUCGAAGAGUCUGUUACUCAUCAUUUUUAACUGCCUCACCAAGGCUGAUGGAGCCUGUCUAUACGAUCGAAGUACAUACGCCUGCUGACUGCUUACCAGUUAUUUAUGAUCUUUUAAUGCGCCGUCGUGGACAUGUACUACAAGAUGUACCCCGACCAGGGUCUCCUCUGUAUAUAGUUAAGGCUUUAAUACCUGUUAUUGAUUCUUGUGGGUUUGAAACAGAUUUGAGAGUUCACACUCAAGGCCAAGCUAUGUGUCAGCAAGUGUUUGACCAUUGGGAAAUUGUACCUGGGGAUCCAUUGGAUAAAUCAAUUAAACCUAGGCCUUUAGAAACUGCUAGAGGAGCUGAAUUAGCAAGGGACUUUUUGGUAAAGACACGCAGAAGAAAGGGUCUUUCAGAGGAUGUGGCUAUUACUAGGUAUUUCGACCAGGAAAUGAUUGAUUCACUUAAAGACGCAGAUAUUGUCCUCUCGCUUUAA